AUGUCGCGUCAUACAAUCUGUGGUGUUAUCGAAAGUUUAAAUGAUAAUUGUGUUUUAGAUCCAGGUGAUGUUGUUAUCGUUACUCUAUGCGAUAUAACACUUUGGGAUUGGCAACGUAUUGAUUUUCCACAUAUACCUCAACGAUUUAUUGUAUCAAAUGUUAAAUUAGACAAUUGUGAUUAUUUUCCAAUUCCAUUUACACUUUAUUAUAAUGCUGAAGAAAUUGAUAAAAAUUUAUGUUAUGGUAUACGAUGUGAUAUCUUAGAUAAAGAUGAACAAGUAAAAUACAGUUCAGAAAGAUUCAUUGAUGUUCUUACUGAUAAAUAUCCAAAAACAAAUAUAAACAUUACUGUCAUACCAAGUGAUGUUCCUUCGACAACAACAAAUGACAAGACAGACGACGAUGACUAG